UUUGUCGGGUUUAUUACAUUAGAGUCGAUUUUAAAAUUUUCAUUCAACCAGUUUUUUUUUAGAUUUUUCUAUAACUUUAAUGUCAGUAUUUAAAAACAAAGAUAAAAAUCAAAUGCAGCACUAAAGCAAUAUAGAUUGCAAGUGAGUGAGAGGGAAACAGUCUACAAUCAGUCCUAAUGAAGAGGGAGAAAGACGAGGAAGUGAAGAUGACUUCAGUUCUAGUUUUAAUCAAGGUACUGAUUUGUGGAGGUAACCCUCUGAGUUUCAGAUUCCAUACCUGUGAAAUGUUAGAAGAAAAAUAACAAUAUCUUACAACAUUUACUUGAAUGUUAAAUGAAGAUCACACAUAUAUAUGGAAUAUAUUUUGUAACGUGGAAAAGGCUAAAGCUGUAUAUGAACCAACUCCUAUAUUUCAUAGAUAAGAUUUUGAUGUUGAGAUUUGAGAUUACUACUAUUAAUAUUGGUUAAGAGUUUGCAUUUAAUAACAGAGGUAAAAAUUGUAAAAGCUAUUAGAAGAAAACCAGAAUUGUUCAGGAGAGAUACCUACUGACUUCUUUAGCUCUCUUAAUUGCAUUCUUCUUCAACUCCCAGAGGUGAUGUAUCAAGAGAAAGCUUUCAACCCCUCCCCUAGCGGACACGGUAAAACCAGGCACGUCACUUUCUUACUCCUCUUGGUGCUCUUAACCUGGCCACACACCACCAGCCCAUCUAGGUGAGGUUCAAGACAUCAUCUGAUGGUGAAACCUCAUGGCCAGCAUCACCGGGAUGGCCAACCACACUGGAAGGUUGGAUUUCAUCCUCAUGGGACUCUUCAGACAAUCCAAACAUCCAGCUCUACUUAGUGUGGUCAUCUUUGUGGUUUUCCUGAUGGCGUUGUCUGAAAAUGCUUUCCUGAUCCUUCUGAUACACUCUGACACCCACCUCCACACCCCCAUGUACUUUUUCAUCAGUCAAUUGUCUCUCAUGGACAUGGUGUACAUUUCUGUCACUGUGCCCAAGAUGCUCCUGGACCAGGUCAUGGGUGUGAAUAAGAUCUCAGCCCCUGAGUGUGGGAUGCAGAUGUUCCUCUAUCUGACACUAGUAGGUUCGGAAUUUUUCCUUCUAGCCACCAUGGCCUAUGACCGCUACGUGGCCAUCUGCCAUCCUCUCCGUUACCCUGUCCUCAUGAACCAUAGGGUCUGUCUUUUCCUGGCAUCGGGCUGCUGGUUCCUGGGCUCAGUGGAUGGCUUCAUGCUCACUCCCAUCACCAUGAGCUUCCCCUUCUGCAGAUCCUGGGAGAUUCAUCAUUUCUUCUGUGAAGUCCCUGCUGUAACGAUCCUGUCCUGCUCAGACACCUCACUCUAUAAGACCCUCAUGUACUUGUGCUGUGUCCUCAUGCUCCUCAUCCCUGUGACGAUCAUUUCAAGCUCCUAUUUACUCAUCCUCCUCACUAUCCACAGGAUGAACUCAGCAGAGGGCUGGAAAAAGGCCUUUGCCACCUGCUCCUCCCACCUGACUGUGGUCAUCCUCUUCUAUGGGGCUGCCGUCUACACCUACAUGCUCCCCAGCUCCUACCACACCCCUGAGAAGGACAUGAUGGCAUCUGUCUUCUAUACCAUCCUCACUCCGGUGCUGAACCCUUUAAUCUAUAGUCUUAGGAAUAAGGAUGUCAUGGGGGCUCUGAAGAAAAUGUUAACUGUGAGAUUCGUCCUUUAGGAAAUUAUAAAGUAGGAAAUUUGGAUAUAAAGAUUUAGUUUCCUUUUCUCUGCCCAUCAGAUACUUAGGAUUUUAUCCCUGUUAUUCCUUAGACUCUCAUACAGUGAUGUCUCAUCUCAUAUUCAUCUCAUUUUGAGGAAUUCUUUCACUUUGUGGAAACUCUAUUUUAUAGUCUUUGUCCAUCCAAAAUUCUUAUACAAUUGUGUCAUACUAAUGUAAUAUUUUUGGAAGUUGAUAACUGCUCUCUAAUUUUGUGAAAAAAUAUUCUUAACCUCAGGAAAUACUUAAUAUUUAGAGACAAAAAGGUCAUGAGGUGUUCAAAUGAUGAGAGGGAAAGAGGGAGGGAGAUAGAGAGGGGCAACGAAACUGAGUACAAUGUUGCUGCCACAGAUGAGUAUGGGUAAAGGGUAUAUAGGUAUUAAUUGUACUAUUGUUUUUUAAUGAUACUUUUUUGUGAAGUUGAAAUCAUUUACAAAUAAUUAAAUACCAGGCUUUUCUCCCUUUUUGAAAAUAUUUUCCUUUCUGCUUGGUGGCAGUGUGACAUCUUAGAAAUCAUGCUCAUUUCAUUAUGUCUAAUCAUUACUGAGAAAAUCUAGUCAUCGCCCCUUCUUUAUUGAGGGCUACCUUUUUCUGCAUGGUCCAAUUCUGAUGGCGUCUAGGGGAUUUACCUCUCUGAAAUAAUUAGUGCCAUGUGGUGUAUUGAGGAUGUAGGACCACAUAAGGGACUGCAGAAAAAAUAUGACACCUGAGUGGAAGGAGUUUUAAGGAAGGUUACCUGCCCAGGGUGAUUCCUGAGCUGAGAUUUCAAACAUGUAACUUGUUAUACAAACAAGCAGAGGGAUGGCAUCAACAUUCAAUCCUUCAUUUAUUUAACAAGCAUUUUGUGCUAUUUUAUAAUUAAAAAUAGUUAAAUAAGAUUAAAUUUUGAAUAGCACAUGGCUUUUACCAAGGAGUUUGAAAAAUACAUGUAGUUGUUUAUGCAAACAAAUGUAAGAAAAUAAAUAAGCUGUUUUGAUACGUAUGAAGGAUACAGCUCAUAAGGACACACUAAUUCUAUCUGUGACAUCUGAGUUCAAAGAAGGAGCUGAGAGGAGACUCCGGGUCUCAGUGCUGAGUAGUGACGAAAAGUUACCCUCAGAUGAGUGUGUGAUGUUGGAGCCAGGGGAACUUGCUCAGAGACAUGCUGCAAGAGAAAAGGCACAGCAUGAGCAAAGACAGGGCUGAGCAAGCGAGAGAAAUCAAUGCCCAGUAGAUCUUUCUUAUUUCAUGUUAGGCUUAUUUCUUGCCCUUGUGUGGCCCAGGGUUUUACAAACAAUAGUGAAAUGAUCAGAAUUGUAUUUUAGAAAUGUUAUUUGUGUGGUGAUCAAUUGGAGAUGUGCAAGACCAAAAACAUAGAGACCAGGUAAAUGAGAAUGGUGAUCUAAAUGAUAUUGAUCUAAGUGGAGUCGACCAUGCCUUUACCCCAGAAUAGGCUGAUAGGAGGACAUUUGAGGUGGGGCCUGCUGAACCUGUUACCUAAAAGCAUACAUAUGGUAGCUGCAUGCUAUAAUUUCCUAAUUGGCUAUGUACAACUUACGAAUAAUCAGGUGUUUUCAACAGUACAGAUUCUUCUUUUCUCUCACCACACUCAAU